AUGGAUGUUAGGAUUUUGGGUGCUUGUAAUGGUCUCAUUUGCUUUGGUGUUUUGGUUGAUAAAAAGACUAGCAUUUUUAUUUGGAACCCAACAACUGGAGAAUUCAAGGAAAUACAACAUUGUGAUUUUCAUAUAAACUCCAGCGAACCUUUUAUAGCCGGGUUCGGUUACGAUACCAAAACUGGAGAUUACAAGAUGGUAAGAAUUGAGGAUAACAAAAAAUCUGAUUACUGUGAAUUUGAAGUAUAUACAUUUGGAUUACAAUCGGAAAAAACUGUUCAUGCUUUCUAUCACGAGUUUCCAAAUGAUAUAGCACUUCGUGGUAUUUUUCUUAAUGGAUCUCUUCAUUGGAUAAACAAUUAUCCACGCAGCCUAGGUACCUCUAAUUACAUAAUCUCUUUUGAUAUUGGUAAUGAGAAACUGAUAGAUGUGCCGUUGCCAGAAAAAAGUAUAGUACAUCCCGAACCAGAAGAUAACAACCCGGAACCAUAUAUGAAGGUAGGAGCAUUGGAAGGCUUCCUUAGUUUAUUUUUAGUCGAUGAGAAGAAGGUCCGAGCUGAAGUAUGGGUAAUGCAGGACUAUGGAGUGAGACAAUCUUGGACUAAAUUAUUCACCACCACUCAAGAAACAUUUACCAUGUAUGCAUUCUUCUGUAUGCCGAUGAUGUCACUCAAAACCGGUGAGAUUCUGAUGUAUAUCUGUGAUGGUUUCGUUUUAUGCGACGAAUGA